CUCCCUGUUUGUUUGGGUUGGCAUGGCUUUCUGCUGAUAAAACAAUAGAUACGACAUGGAUUUGUGCUCCUGUCGGAGCUUUCUUGGGUAUUUUCCUAAAGAAUGCUCAAUGUAAACCUACCCUUAAAUAACUGUUGAUUAAAUCAUGCUGUUGGUUGAUGCCUUCAACAACGUGCUAACUAGCCAAUAACAACUCCCAUGGCUAACGGAGAUGCUACCUGUUGUUAGCUUUGUAGGGAAUGUCUAAUAGUACAUUUAAAAGAAAAUGAAGAGGAAAGUGGUUAAAUUAAGACUCAGCCCGAACGAAGAGGCUCGGAUAAUACGAGAAGAGCACGAGAGGAGGAGGAAGCUGCGGAUUCAGCAGGUGCGGGAGCAGCAGCGGUAUAUCUCGCUACAGAUCCGCAGAGAGGUUGAGCGGAGACGCCAGCAUGAGCUGGAGCAGCUGGAGAAGGAUCUGAGGGAGGACUGGGAGCAACAGCAGAGGGAAAAAUGUCACACACUGCAGAGAUUAUACCAGGAGAGCCUCCAGCUGCUCGGUCAGGGACACAGGAGUGCAAAAGAAAAUGAACCCGACUUAGAAGCCAUAACUCAGAGGGAGGAGGAAAAUAACGUCAAGGCAGAGGAGCGUUACCGGGAAGCCCUGAAGGAGCUCAAAACACAGAGGCUUAAAGACCAUGAGGGGCAAAGCCGAUCCACCAUGGCCAGGAAGAAGGCACUUCAGACAGAAAAGGAAAGAUCAGCAAAAGUGGCCAGUCUCCCUAAGCCUCCCCCACACCCAAUUCAGAACAUUGAUUUCAAGAAGCCACAUGUAGUGAAGAAAUCUGAUGUGAGUGCUUUCGCAGCCACGCAUUAUCACAUGCCUGAAAGCGCAGUGGACCGUGAGGCAGAGACAGAGCAGCCUAGUGCCCAGGAGGGAGCUGAACUGGAGGGGCGGAGGCUGCAGGAUUUAAAGGAGGAGGAAAUGAGGAGGCGAGAGGAGCAGCUUGAGAAGGCUCGUCUCAGAGGGAAGCAGGCUCUGAGGAGGGAACAUCUGGUGCAGGAUCGUGAGCGCUUGCUUGUUGAACUGGAGCACAUGCAGCAGACAGACCUGCUGAGGAGGAGGCAGCAGGUGUUCCAGAUGCCUGCUCAGAUCUUCCAGCCUCUCUAUAAGAGACAGGAGACAGCAGAGGACUACCAGAGGGACAUGGAAUUUGCCUUUGAGGACAUGUACACAGGAGAGAGGACAGAGGUUAAAGGAGACCUGGUGGUGCAGCUGGUUCCCGAGCCUCUGCCGGCUCUGUCCACAGACAGCCGGGACCAAGAGCUGGACGUCACACUGGAUGAAAUCCCCCCCAAAGGAGCAGGAACCACACAAUAUGACACCGAGCAAGAAGAUGGAAGCACGGAGCAGGAAACAUCUGUUCAAGUGGAGCCCUCUAAGCCUGCUCCCAGACGGGCAUUAAGGAAACUCUUGGAUCGUAUCAGGAACCAGAGGAACCAUUGGGCUGAGCAGAACACUCCUGCAGCCGAAUCCCCAACCUCAAUCACUGAUCAGAUCCCAGAGCGGGACACCACCAUCGACACGGGCUCUCUGAGCAGCGAGGAGAAACACCACCUGGAGCCUGCCCAACCCCCACCAGCGUUGGAGACAGCGGAGCCACCAGCUGCAGAAACUCUACUUCCACAUGUUCUUGCUAACAGAAUACAAGAGUUUGAAGAAGAACGAAAGAAAAGGGAAGAGGAGCUCGAGAGAGAGAAACAGCAGCAGGUGCUUUUGCUCCAGGAUCUUGAAGAGCAGAAAGCCAAAUUGGAGCAGAUGCUGCGUGAGGUUCAGCAGGAGAGAGAGGAUCUGAAGGCUGCUGUGACCCAGGAGGCUCCUAUCAACCAACCAGAAGUACCCGUCCAUGAGCAGGAACCCCCCUCUGUUGGUCCUGGGCUGCUCCCUGAGCUGGUGCCUCCUGCAGGGGAAGAUGAGCACACCAGAAGGAUCAGAGAGUACCAGCAGCGACUGCUGCAGCAAAACAGCCUUCACCAGAGGUCAGUGGAGGUGGCCCAUCAGCGCCUCGAGGAAUACCAGCGAGCUCUAAGGAUUCGCUACAACAUGACCCCCACAUCUUUGCUGCCCGCUGCAGUGCCUGCAGGCCUCAUUCCCCGCCCUCUGCAAGGUGUUCAGUCCGUGCAUCCUCCAGCUCCUCGGCAGCUCCCUACCCCUCCUGCAUUGCAUGCAUACAUCCACGCCAGAGCACAAACCCCUGGGGAAGUUCCCACAAGAGAGUCGGACAUGUUGGCUUCACAUUCUCAACGUCCUAGCUCAAAUAUAAGCUCUGCCUCCAAGUUGGUGCCAGAUGAAGUUGAAUGUAUUUCGAGCAAUCCCAGGAACCAGAAGUUCACUGCCUGGCUGACAGACAACAUCAUGGAGAGAGUCACAGGGCAUCUCACUGAGAGAGUGAGAGCCUCCUCAGAGCCGUCGCCUUACAAGCUGUCCACCACACAUCACUGCAGCAUCCCACUUCAGCCUGCCUCUGACCCAAUUCAAAGCAGUAACUUGGUCAUGCCCUCUGGAACAACUCUGGCUCCAGUUCUAGAAACAGUUAGGCCUGUGACUCUGCCACAUUGUUCGCUACGGACCAGGUCCCUUAGCUCUACGGAGGACGACGAAAUGGAGAGGCUGAGGCACGAGCUGCAGGAAGUCCAGAGGCGAGAGCUGCAGGAGGUCCCGAGACGAGAGCUGCAGGAGGUCCCGAAACGAGAGCUGCAGGAGGUCCAGAGACGAGAGGUGCAGGAGGUCCCGAGACGAGAGGUGCAGGAGGUCCCGAGACGAGAGGUGCAGGAGGUCCCGAGACGAGAGCUGCAAGAGGUCCAGAGACGAGAGCUGCAGGAGGUCCCGAGACGAGAGCUGAAGGAGGUCCAGAGGCGACGAGAGGUGCAGGAGGUCCAGAGACGAGAGGUGCAGGAGGUCCAGAGACGAGAGGUGCAGGAGGUCCAGAGACGGCUACUGGAGCAGAGGGAGGAAGUGGCGCUUCAGCAGAGGCAGCAGGAGGAGGAGAGGCGACGACAGGAAGUGGAGAUGGAGCAGAUGAGGCGGCAAAAGGAGACGUUGCAGGCUCUCAUUCAAACUGAAGAACCACCAGUCCCAGAGGCUGCCAGAGGAGUUUUGGAUCCAGAGAACAUCAGGCACAUCCGUCUCAAGUUACUUGCCUCCCUGCUUAGAGCUAUAGAAGACUCUAACGGAGGAACGUUAUCCCACCUAGAAGACCCUGAGGAUGAAGAUGGCUUCCCCCAGCGACCGCCCUCUAUCAGUGGUGACACAGAUCUCGUGGCUCAGAGUGACACUCCUGCUGCACCAGCCCCCGCGUCUAUCCCCCCUCAGUACUCCUCCCUCCUCCUCGAGCAGCAAAGCCCCCAGUGACCCGCGUCAGGCCGAGUAUCAUGGAGAUGAUGACGGAACAACAUGAGCUUAGUGCUAUUCAAGAAGUGGAGACAUCUGUCAACACCAGCCAAUCCAAAGGGCCUGACAGGAGUGUAACGGCUCCUUCGCACUCUCUGGGCUGGGAUCUGCAGGAGGACUCUGAAGCGUUGGGGGUCUCUGACAGGGCUCUGCAGACCCCCUGUUGGUCCAGCAGUGGGCAGCAGACUGCCAGCAGCCCUGAAACAAACUCCACAACAUCCAGCCAUGUCAUCUGGAG